UGAAGCGCCAAUGGAGAGGAUGCAUUAUUAUUUUCUGUUUUCUCUGACAAAAGAGUAUUGCUGCAGACCGUAGCUUUCUAACGCCAGCACCCGCAAAUAUUCGUUUAAUUCCAUCGGUGAAGUCAUAAAUAACUUUUUCAGACAUAGCUGAACUUAAAUAUAGCAGAAAACCGUUACGCACGCACAAAAUGAAGAUACUCAUGUUAAUUAUUGUAGUUUUCUUUGUUUUAACGAAUAUAUUUUCCCAAGAAGUUUAUUUUGACGACAACUGGAAAGACUUCGAUGAGAAGUUGUGGAAAUUGGAGCAAUUUAAGGAAAUUCUAAAUAGAAUGACCCGGAAAUCUGGACCACGCCAAUUCUUUGGUCUUAUGGGGAAAAGAGGAACUGCAAAAACACAAAUAACACGGAAAAGGCAAAAAUUUCAGUCUUUUGUUGGACUGAUGGGAAAAAGGAGCUCGGACGAACAAGAUUCCAUUUAAAGGAUAACCCCGUAUAAGACUGAUAGCAUCAACAUUAUCUAGUAAUUUACCGUUAAGCGUCGGACACAUUUUUAAAUGUGUAAUGUGCCCAAGGUAGUAUCUAAAGUGCAAAUGAUGUCUGAAUAAAAUGGUUAGUGUCGAAUUAAUUUCAAAUAAAUAUUCUUCGAACAUGUAAUAAUAUUGAAAUGUAGGUCAAUCAUUUGCCACUGAUCAGGAAAAAUAACACCUUUAGAAUUUGACAAAUAAUGCUGCCCUCUAGUGCACAUUGAAAUUCAUUUUAGUAUACAGUAUGUGUAUGUAAUGGUGCGUAGGUAUGCACUUGUUUGUAUCGUGUCACUAUCAGUCACAUGAUUUCAUUGCUUAUCAUCACAGGUUUAUUAAGUGACUUUGUACAAAUACAAAUGAAAAAUAAAAUAAAAAAUGCAGAGAAUACAGAUAAUACAUAGCCAAAGCAAUGUGGUGUUGACUUUCAUUUCUCGCUAAUUCUGAUGUUGGGUUAUGUCAACUUACAGAAAUACAUUUUCCAGCUCCUUGCACACACUGACUACUGAAUGUAUUGAAAACAGUAAAUCCUCCACAGAAACUGAAGUCUCAGAAUCAUUUUCUAACAUACAAAAACGUAUUAUGUAAAUUGGCUCGGUAUAUAAAAAUAAACUAACUGAAAUGUAACACAAGUUAUAAAUGGUGGUGCAAGGCUAGUGGAAAUUGCUAAACACAAAAAAGCAUUACAAUUUCAGGAAAAAAGCUUCAACAAUUUUUGGGGGAUAAAAAGCCCAAGGUGCAUUAGACUUUAUCCAAUUUCCAAUUUCUCCUGUUAACAAGGUGAGUGUUGUGACUGGAGACACUUGUUGAAUGUUAGGUUACACUGCAUGGGGAGGUUGUUCAUUACAAGGUUUACCUGUUAACCAAGUACAUUUUGUUAAUGCCAUGUUUUUUUGUUGCCAUUUUUACUUUAUCUUAUCAUGGAAGAUACAGAUAAUAUAUAUAUGCACCUCUGCUUUUCCCUGUAAACAAAUAAAACCUUCACCGAAAAAAGGAUUGUACAACAGUGCAUUUUUUCAUCAGUUGUUCAUUCGGAAAAAAAUGCAACCUCUGGGGAAGAGGAUAAGACCCAGGGCGAGGACAGUAUUCAGUUAUAAUUUGGGUUUGGCCU